UUACUUGGGACAAAAGAGCAAUAACAAGACUCUAGGAAGAAGUUUUAGCUAAUAAGUCGCAGUUGUAGCUAAUGAUCCAGCACCACCGUUGGGGGUAUGAUGCGGAAGGAUACACAGUGACGUUUCCAAACGGAGGCUCCUCCGCAGCGGUGAGAAGUGAGCACAGGGAGGAGAGAAAGGAAGGAAGCAGCGAGUGAACACUCAGUCCAACACUCAGCAGCAUCAUGGCACCUAUCGGAUUAAAGGCGGUGGUCGGUGAAAAGAUUAUGAAUGAUGUAAUCAAGAAGGUGAAGAAGAAGGGAGAAUGGAAGGCACUGAUCGUGGACCAGCUGAGCAUGAGGAUGUUGUCGUCCUGCUGCAAGAUGACAGACAUCAUGACUGAGGGCAUCACCAUCGUGGAGGACAUCCUGAAGCGACGAGAGCCUCUUCCCAGCCUGGAGGCCAUUUACCUGAUUACACCCACAGAGAAGUCUGUCCACACCCUCAUCGCAGACUUCAAAGACCCUCAUUCAGCUAAAUACAAGGGAGCCCAUGUUUUCUUCACUGACUCCUGCCCUGAUCCUCUCUUCAAUGAGCUGGUGAAGAGCCGCGCUUCCAAAACCAUCAAGACUCUGACGGAGAUCAACAUCGCUUUCCUGCCCUACGAGUCUCAGGUAUACUCUCUGGACAAUCCAGAUGCCUUCCACAGUUUCUACAGCCCCCAUAAGACCCAGCUAAAGAAUCCAGUGAUGGAGAGGCUGGCUGAUCAGCUGGCCACGCUCUGUGCCACCCUGAAGGAAUACCCUGCUGUCAGAUACCGAGGCGAGUACAAGGACAAUGCCACCCUGGCCCAGCUGCUUCAGGACAAACUGGACGCCUACAAGGCUGAUGACCCAACUAUGGGAGAGGGUCCAGAUAAGGCUCGCUCACAGCUUAUUAUCCUGGACAGGGCGUUUGACCCCGUCUCUCCUGUCCUGCAUGAGCUCACCUUCCAGGCCAUGGGCUACGACCUGCUACCCAUCGAAAACGACGUGUACAAGUAUGAGACCAGUGGCAUCGGAGACUCUCGUGAAAAGGAGGUUCUGCUGCAUGAAGACGAUGACCUGUGGGUGAGCCUGAGACACAAACACAUAGCUGAGGUGUCCCAGGAAGUGACGCGUCAGCUAAAGGAAUUUUCUGCCAGCAAGAGGAUGAACACUGGGGAGAAGACCACAAUGAGGGAUCUGUCCCAGAUGCUGAAGAAGAUGCCUCAGUACCAGAAGGAGCUCAGCAAGUACUCCACUCAUCUGCAGCUGGCUGAGGACUGCAUGAAGCAUUACCAAGGAACAGUGGACAAGCUGUGCCGUGUGGAACAGGAUCUGGCUAUGGGCACAGAUGCUGAGGGAGAGAAAAUCAAAGACCCCAUGAGGGCCAUCGUGCCCAUCCUGCUGGAUGCCAACGUCACCACGUAUGACAAGAUCCGCAUCAUCCUGCUCUACAUUUUCCUCAAGAAUGGUAUUACGGAGGAGAACCUGAACAAGCUGAUCCAACAUGCUCAGAUCCCCCCUGAGGACAGUGAGAUCAUCACCAACAUGGCUCACUUGGGCGUCCCCAUUGUCACAGAUUCCACCCUGCGCCGAGGAAAGAAGCUGGACAGGAAGGAGCGUGUGAGCGAGCAGACAUAUCAGCUGUCCCGCUGGACACCACUGGUCAAGGACAUCAUGGAGGAUGCUAUUGAAGAUAAGCUGGAUACCAAGCACUACCCCUACAUCUCCACCCGCUCCUCCGCCUCCUUCAGCACCACUGCAGUCAGUGCUCGGUACGGCCACUGGCACAAGAAUAAGACACCCGGAGAGUACCGCACUGGGCCACGCGUCAUGGUCUUCAUCAUCGGAGGCGCGUCCUUCAGCGAGAUGCGCUGUGCCUACGAGGUCACGCAGGCCAAUGGGAAGUGGGAGGCCAUCAUUGGUGCCACCCACAUGCUCACCCCCACCAAAUUCUUAUCGGACCUGCAGCACCCCGACUUCCGAGAGUCCACUAGGGUGUCCUUUGAGGACGCAGAACCCACACCCGAGUGAGGCAGAGGCAGAUUGGGAGGGAGGGAGAGAGAAAUCACACUCAAAAAAGAUCGACCCACAUCUUCACCCCCACCAGCCUGCUGGAGCAGCUCAAGGCCAUGAACAAACCAGACGAGGAAGUUGCAAGUUAAGAUCCUCCAAUCACGUCUCUCUCCUCUUUACCUCUUAACCCUACCCCCUUUCCAAAAACCCUUUUAUUGUAUAUGCAUCUUGCUUGAGAAGAAAAAUACGUCUUAGAUGAUAAAAAAUAUGUUGUAUCAAAGAAUUACAAUGUUGCAAGUAUUCUCAUGUUUUACAAUGGAUGCACCUAAACAUAUUUAAAAGGUUUAAAUAUCAGAACAGAAGGCCAUUUAAAACUGAAAGUACCAAAAUGUAAUAUUGUAUGCUAUGAAACCUGAGCAAAGGUAGUCGUUUUCCCUCGUUUGUUCCUUUGGGUUUAUCGGUGGGAGUUUCAUUGGAAGCACGUUGAGGAGGGAUGUGCAGUUUGAGAGGUUGAUGUUGUAAAAUAUGUAUCGGUCAACAUGCAAUAUAUAUAUAUAAAUAUAUUCAUCAGAGAGGAGCCCCCCCCCCCCGCCCAUUUGAGAUGUUCGUAUUCAGUAGCAUGCUUGGACUUGUGUGGACCGUUUAUGUGUUUGUAUCCAGUGUGGAUGUUCUUUGACCCGCAGAGUUAGCACUUUUUCCUAAACGUCAAGCUUAAAUGCUACACUGAAAACCUUUGUUUUGAGUGAAGUAGAAAUACUCGCUUUGAAACUAUUCCCGAAGAAAUAUUUAACGGAGGAGAAAAAGACUAUGUUACGGGAGCGUGGACGUGUAUAUGUGUUUUUGAUAGUUUUUUGUCAUGAGACCGUUGCAUAUCCAAGCUAACCUCACAGUCCUCUGCAAGGAUAGUAGCAAGCUACUAGUCCGCCGCGUAUCUGAUACUCAAAACAUACAUUUUCUUUGAAGUAUUUGUUUAAAAAGGCUCGUUUAAGCAGAAAUUGGAAAGAGAGAGAGCUCUGCAAAAAGCCAGAAUUAUCCCUCCUCCGGUUAACAAGACUGUAAAGUAUUUACUUAGUAUUUUUUCUUUUAUCCAGAGAAACUCCACGUUUUAAUGUCAAAAAGGCCGUUGCUUGCUAAUAUGUAAUGAAUAAUCCUAAAAAGGGCCAGUUGUAUUUCAGUAUUGUAAUCUGUCCGACUAAGUCUUAUCAUUGGUUAGUAGCUAUGUUUUAUUGGGCCAUGCACUAGUAGUGUUGCGUAUGGGCCAUAUGUUGCUGUUUUAGCGUCUCACUGUUGACUGGUGAUAUUUUUCUGACUGUGAAGUAGCGAUUCCUUUUCUUUAAAAAAUGUCAAUGUGAAGCCGCCGUAUAUGUGAUGUUUUAGCUGUAGCUGUUAGUGGUCAACUCAGAAAAAUAACUAAUAUAUUUUUUUUUGUCUGUUUCCUCCUCUGAUGCAAUGUAAAAUCCUCCAAUGGUGAAUGGCUUUGCAAAAAAAACCUUAAAUUUCCUCCUCCCUUCCCUCUUUCCUGGCCAAACAAGUUGUAUCUUGCACUAUAAUGCGUUUUCUGUGAUGCAAACGCUUGACUUUGCGUUCACUUUGUUUUAUUAUAAUUUGCUGUUGUAUAGGGUUUACUCUAUUAAAUCAAUUGAUUUAUAUCAAAUUAUUUAUCAGAGAAAAGAUAAUAGCGACGCAUUAGUCCUUAUACUGUUUAACUUAUCGGGAUUGUAUGUUUGCAAGUGUUUAAGCACAAAGAAAAUUUCCAUGUGUACCUAUGUACUAAGGCUGUCUAAUAAAUUGGCUUCCAUUACA